CCAGAUACCACUUCUCCUUGAACCUUCCACCCCCACCCCCUAAGAAAAAAAAGAAAAUUGAUUUUGAUGUAUGUUGUGGUUUUGUAUUAUAUAUAUAUAUAGCAGACAAUGUAUUAAGCUUGAAGACAAGUUCCUCAUUAGUAGUUCCCUCAAUUAUUUCCACACCAAAAGCCAAAGAUGGUUCUGUGGAGCCAAUUGGUCAUUAAAUCAGUGCUUUUAGUUUGUAGCAUUACUUCUCUCUUCUUACAUACUGGCAGAGCAGAGCUUAUAGUACAAAAUUUGAGUGGCCAUAGUUGGGAAAACAAAGGGGUUGUAAGCAAUAGCAAGUGCAACUUGUUUCAAGGUAGAUGGGCAAUUGACCCUUCUUUUCCUCUUUAUGACUCCUCAACUUGCCCUUUCAUUGACCCUGAAUUUGAUUGCCUCAAAUAUGGUCGCCCUGAUAAGCAAUACCUCAAAUAUGCUUGGAAACCUGAUUCUUGUAACAUGCCCAGGUUUAAUGGGAAGGAUUUCUUGCAGAGAUGGUCAGGGAAAAAAAUAAUGUUUAUUGGUGACUCGUUGAGUUUGAACAUGUGGAAUUCCCUGGCCUGUAUGCUUCAUGCGUCGGUGCCCAAUGCCAAAACUACAAUUUCUAGGCAGGAGACACUUUCUUCUGUCACUUUUCAGGAUUAUGGAGUUACUUUAUUCCUUUAUCGAACAACUUACCUUGUGGAUAUAGUAAGAGAGAAGAUUGGAAGGGUAUUGAAAUUGGAUGCCAUUCAACAAGGUGAUGCUUGGAAAGGAAUGGAUAUGUUAAUUUUCAAUUCUUGGCAUUGGUGGACUCACAAGGGCAACUCUCAACCAUGGGAUUAUGUGCAAGAUGGUAUGAAAGUAUCGAAAGAUAUGGACCGUUUAAUGGCAUUUUACAAAGGUCUAACUACUUGGGCAAGAUGGGUUGAUGGAAAUGUUGACUCCUCUAAGACCAAAGUCUUCUUCCAGGGCAUUUCUCCAACUCAUUAUAUGGGUCAGGAAUGGGGGGCAUCAACAAAGAAUUGCAACUCAGAGCAAAUACCAUUAGCAGGAUCGACAUAUCCAGCAGGGACACCAGCAUCAGCUAUUGUGGUUAACAAAGUACUAAGUAGGAUGAAGACACCAGUUCAUCUCCUCGAUAUCACGUUUCUCUCCCAGUUAAGGAAAGAUGCUCAUCCAUCAAUGUACAGCGGUGAUCACCCUGGUGUAGAUUGCAGCCACUGGUGUCUCCCUGGACUACCUGAUACAUGGAACCAGCUUCUUUAUGCAUCACUAAUUAUGUGAGGAUGAAAAACCUCAUAUAAUUUUCUCCUUUUAAUCUUCUUCCUUUCCACUUAAAAAAGUUAAAUUAACUGUACAUUUGUGGACGUAUGUGAAGACCUUCAGCUCAAAACAGCCAGCAAUCAAGUGAACAUUGGCGCAGUACUCCUGGACUUCUUAACAAUUGGAGCCAGCUUGUUUAUGCAGCAGCAGUUCUUCUCUGAGGAUGAAGACUUCAGAUUAGUUUUAACUGCUCAUAGUUUGAUACAAUAGCUUUUAGAUGUAAUAAGUAGAGGUUCUGUUAAUUUCUAAUUACUAGCUUGAAGUUUCCAGCUUUCAUUUUGUUAAGCAAUAACAAGUAAUCUCUGGAUUGAGUCCUAGUAAAUGUAAAAGUUUCUUAUCCAGAUAUAGAAUUUCAUGUGUAAGUCAGUUUUAUGAUUCACAA